AUGGAGGGGCUCGACACGUCGGAGAGCGGCAACGGGCCCGGGGUGAGGCACGUGCUCAAGCUCAGCAAGGCCGCCGACGAGGACUACUACGUGGUGGGGGUGGGGUGGUACGACGUCCGGAACUGGCGCCGGAUCGACCACGGCCACCUGUUCGGGGCUAAGACGUUCUUCGACGCGCGCAAGAAGCGACGCGUGCUGGGCGUGGGUGGACGAGACGGACAGCCGCUCCGACGACGUCGGCAAGGACUGGACGGGCAUCCAGACGUUCCCGAGAGCGCUGUGGCUGGACGCCGACGGGAAGCAGCUGGUGCAGUGGCCGGUGGAGGAGAUCGAGACGCUGCAGAGGGAGCGAGUCGCGCUGCUGGGAGCGAGUCGUGCAGUGGCCGAUCUUCUCAAUGA